UUGGUCACCAUGAAGCUGCCGUGCCCCGCCUUCCAUAGCUGCUUCCUGCUGGCCCUGCUCAGCUUAUGGAGAGCUGUCCCUGAGGCCCGCGCCUCAUCGCCAGGCAUGCCCACCAUCAGCGCUGCCUCGUUCCUGCAGGAUCUCAUGCACCGCUACAGCAAGGGUGACAGCCUCACUCUGCAGCAGCUUAAGGCCCUGCUCAACCACCUGGAUGUGGGAGUGGGCCGGGAUAACGCCACCCAGCUCACGCAGGGACCGAGGAACCUCUCAACGUGCUUUAGUUCUGGAGAGCUCUUCGCUGUGCACAAUUUCAGCAACGAGUCACACAUUGGGAGGAGUGAGUUCCAGGAGUUCUGCCCCACCAUCCUCCAGCAGCUGGAUUCCCGGGCCUGUACCUCUGAGAACCAGGAGAACGAGGAGAACGAGCAGACAGAGGAGGGGAGGCCGAGCACAAUCGAAGUGUGGGGAUACGGUCUCCUCUGUGUGACCGUCAUCUCCCUCUGCUCGCUCAUGGGGGCAAGCGUGGUGCCCUUCAUGAAGAAGACUUUUUACAAGAGGCUGCUGCUCUACUUCAUAGCUCUAGCGAUUGGAACCCUCUACUCCAACGCCCUCUUCCAGCUCAUCCCCGAGGCUUUUGGUUUCAACCCUCUGGAAGAUUAUUAUGUCUCCAAGUCUGCAGUAGUGUUCGGGGGCUUUUAUCUUUUCUUUUUCACAGAGAAGAUUUUGAAGAUGCUUCUUAAGCAGAAAAAUGAGCAUCAUCAUGGACAUAACCAUUUUGCCUCUGAGACGCUUCCUUCCGAGAAGGACCAGGAGGAGGGGGUGAUGGAGAAGCUGCAGAAUGGGGAUCUGGACCACAUGAUUCCUCAACACUGCAACAGUGAGCUGGAUGGCAAGGCCCCUGUGGCAGAUGAGAAGGUCGUUGUGGGCUCACUGUCUGUGCAGGACCUGCAAGCUUCCCAAAGCGCCUGUUACUGGCUAAAAGGUGUCCGCUACUCUGACAUUGGCACCCUGGCCUGGAUGAUCACCCUGAGCGACGGCCUUCACAAUUUCAUCGAUGGCCUGGCCAUCGGUGCUUCCUUCACUGUGUCUGUUUUCCAAGGCAUCAGCACCUCAGUGGCCAUCCUCUGUGAGGAGUUCCCCCACGAGUUAGGAGACUUCGUCAUCCUGCUCAACGCUGGAAUGAGUAUCCAGCAGGCUCUCUUCUUCAACUUCCUCUCUGCCUGCUGCUGCUACGUGGGUUUGGCCUUUGGCAUUCUGGCUGGCAGCCACUUUUCUGCCAACUGGAUCUUCGCACUGGCUGGAGGCAUGUUCUUAUAUAUUUCUCUCGCUGAUAUGUUUCCCGAGAUGAACGAGGUCUGCCAGGAGGAUGAAAGGAAGGGCAGCGUCUUGAUCCCCUUUGUUAUCCAGAACCUGGGCCUCUUGACUGGAUUCACCAUCAUGCUGGUCCUCACUAUGUAUUCAGGACAGAUCCAGAUCGGGUAGGGCCCUGCCAAGAGCCAGUGGCACUGGAAGUCGGGCGCUGGGCUGCCCUGUCUCUAGCCCAAGGACUCGGCAUCCACAAAGCACCAUGGAAGAGGCAGUUCUGUUAAAAACGGACACAGACUAUAUUCCUGCAUUCAGAUGUCAGCUGUUUUUAAGAUGCUCUGCCUUAGGAAUAAGCUACCCUGGUAACCAGACUCUAGGUAGUGCCUCUCACCCUCACCUCUCCCUGUUUUCUCAGUGACUCUGGGUCCUGAAUGCAGCUUACAAGACAAGACUAACUUUUUUCUUUCUCUUGGAACCAGUGCUGAAAGGUUUUGAAUUCAUUACCCUGUAAUGCAAAUAGAUAACCAGUGGUUAGAAAUAUCAGGUGGUGAAUCCAUAGUUUGGGGCCCGUGAAUCAACAUGUGAACCCUGGACCUCAAGCUGGCCCAUUUUGAAAUGGGUUCACCUUUUCUUACAGAGAAGAGAUAGGAGACAGGAACCCUUCCUAUUUUCUCAAAGUCUGUUCAGUUGCCUAUGACUUCUUUCAGAGAGAACUAGAAGUCAGAACAGAGGACCAGAGCAAGAGUACAGGCAAGGAUCAUCCCGAGGGAGCAGGGAAGUAGAACCCAUGAGGUGUGUCUUGUCCUGGUGCUCAUUUGUUCCUGCUGGGAUGCUGGAUAUUGAUUCUGUGGCCACACCUGAUGUUUCCUGGCUGUCAAGGUGAGCUAGUCUGGAGGUUCAGUUGCCUGGACCUCUUCUUCUUUCAGGUUAACACUGACAGAAUGGAGAGUCAGGAGAUCUGCAAGAAAACAAUAGGUUUUGCUGUGAUUUCCACCUCCCCUUCCCCACUCCCAUCUUCUAAGAGACUCCCUAGAAGCACAUUCUGAGCACAUUGAAGAAGUUUGUAUUAGAGGAGAGCGGAGACUGUGCAAACCUAUCUCCCGUGGACAAGACUUCUGCAGAGUGUCAAGUUGACUUAUAGAACUGGAGGGCAGUUUAUGUUCUACUUAGACAAGGGGAAUCAGAAAUGGGAUCAGUGCAGGCAAAAUUUCAGAUUUGCUAAUUACAUAAAUAAAAGUAUGAGUAAUACGGGACUCUGAAAUAUAAGGUCAAAAACUUACGUUGGGGCACUGUAGAUGUUUGUAGAAUGGAGGCCCUAAUGAUUAUGCUGCAGAGAGGUUCCUGCUGUCUCCCUCACCCCAAACCAAAAAGUUUGAAUCCUGUAUUGAAUUGAGUAUGAAUUGCUUUAAUUCUCUCCAGAAAAUGAAUGGAAAUACUUGUCUGUGAAAUUGUAGACCAGCCUCAGGCACUGUGGAGCCCUCACCCCAGAACUCUGGCUUCGAGGGGAGCUCAAUCUCCAGGUUCACUAGGUGAAUUGAUUUAUUAUUAUCAUAUUGAUAAUGUGAGAUUCUUUAGCCACUGUGGGGAGCCAGUCUCUCCAGAAGCCUUUCUUAACGGUGCCCACAGUCAUAGCCCAGGGGCGGUAUUUUCAAACUGAUUCAUUUGCAUAACUGACGAGUACUGGUUCAUUGCCAGUAGCUGAGUUUUUCUGUUCUUACACAGAAAAACUGUCCACUACGAGUAAUUAAAAACAGCAUCUAUUUUGUUUUUUAUUCUUGGGAAACAUCCCUCAAGCCAGGAAUAAUCUUGAAAAGAACCUGAGUGGGAAAACUGCUGGUGAUACUUCCUCCUUAUCUUGCCUGUUGACUUUGAUAGAUUUGAGAAUAGGCUGACGAAGGAGGGAAACUUCAAUGAUCAAGACUCUAGAUUAAAUAUCAGGACUGACUCCUGGUAGGAUUAUGGUCCAGUUUUACCAAAGAACUAAUUGAAUAUUAGAAUGUUGGAAUCUAACUUUUUAUAUUAUCAUUAUUAUUGUGGUUAUUGUUUUAAAGCGAUUCUUUAUCUUCUCUGUUUUGUUUUUCUCUAACUGCUUUUAGGAGCUAGCAGAAAAUAACACUCAUAAUUUAAGUUUCUGGAAGAUUUUGCUUUAGCUAACUCACAUUGAUGUAUUUAUAAUUUUAGCAUUCCCUACAGAUCCUGUCAUUCCUUAAAAAUACCCUCUGUCUUGGAGUAGAAUAUGAAAUUAGAGUUAGUGGGUUUCUAGUUUAGGGGAGGCGCUCAAAAAUAUAAUAUUUAACAAAUUGAAAAAUAAAGUAGGAAAUAGUAGAGUGCUUUCCCUUUUCCUGCACACCUAUAUUAAGAACUCUCCUUUAAUAGAUGGCUGCCUCAAAGGGAAAUCUUGAACCUGUAAUUGGUGCCGAGGCCAGUCCUAGUUGGAGCUUAGGAGGGGUGGAGACGCUCAUUGUCCGACUGAUUGUAAGUUGCCCUUGGCAACAGAUUUGCCUCAUGAGUUGGAAAUGUGGCAAUUUCUUUUUGACUUUUAAGUGUUGAACUUGCUGUUUUAAGCAUUUGUACAUAUUAGAAGUCUAAGGAGUAGCAAGUUGUCUUGAGGACUUUUUUUACCCCUGGCAGUAGCAUCUUGAACCUCUCUUCUUCUGGAAGGAUCAGCUCCUGUUCACAUUAGCAAGGAAAGUAUAUGUCACAGGCAGGCGUGGUCAGCCAGCGACAGGGCUUCUGCCACUUCUCGCCUGGCCCCUGACGUGUGGGUUGCCUUCUGUCCUUGCCUCCAAAGGUAUUUUGUGUCUGGUGUCAACUUGGGGAUAUUCCUCAUGGUCCUUCACCCUGUGUUUAAGAAAGAAGGUCUCUCUGUUUGGGUAGCCUAAUACCUGUUUUUAGUAGGUCCUCUUCCAAAGAGAUGGUAAUACGCUGGAAAUCUGCUUGGAAAAAAAAAGUCAGAUUUUUGCAAAAGAGAGAGAUUAGGUUUCUAUUGUUCGUAUUUCCCUUUACAGUUCUGCAAUUCCAUCACAGUAUUUUUUAAAAUAACUCAGGUGUUAUGAGAAGAAAUUCAAAAAUAAAAUAACUUAUGUGGACUGUAAAUGUUUAUUUGUAAGAUUCUAUAAAUAAAGCUAUAUUCUGUAAUUGUUGA